CAAAUAGCCACGCACGAUCGGCGAUUCGACACCCUUGCACGACCCAGCAAACGGAAGCAGCAGCAGCAGCAGUGUCAGCUGGCCAAACAGCGGCAGUGGAGGGUGAAGAAUGGCUGCACCUUCGACUCAAGGCAUGAACAACCUCACAACCCUGAUCAAGAGACUUGAGGCUGCCACAUCACGACUCGAAGACAUCGCCUCUUCAGCGCAGUCGUUCGAACCACAAUCGCAGACCAAUGGCGUUGCUUCAGGAGCAAGUGCUGCUGGCACCAAGCCGUCCGCCAGCGCUCCUGAACUGCCUGUCGUCGCACCCUCUGUCAGCCAACAAACAGCGAAAGCUAUCUCCGAUCCUCUUCCGCCCGCCAUCAGUGAUAUGGAUCAAUUGAUCGACAAUGAGGUCAAGUCAUUUAUCGAUUCGAGCAAGGGAUUAGACCCAUUGGUGAAAGAGCAGGCGGCAGCAGUGGCAAAGGGCUUUGCAGACCAGAGACGAUUCUUGCUUGUGACCACCAAGGCGAAGCGACCGGAUCAGUCAUCGCAGACCUUCAUGGAUCUCCUCAAAGAUCUGCAGCAAGACCUUGGGACGGCUGGAGACAUUAAAGACAGCAACCGCGGUUCUGCUAUGAAAGAGCAUCUAGCCAUGGUCGCUGAAGGAAUAAGCACUCUUCAAUGGCUCGUGAUGGACGGACAGCCUGCUGAUGUGGUGGGAGAGAUGAUUGGCGGAGCACAGAUGUAUGGCAAUCGAAUCCUGAAGACCUACAAGGAGGGAGACCAGACGCAUAUCAAGUUUGUCCGAUCCUACGAGGCCCUGCUCAAAGCUCUGCAGGCAUAUAUCAAGAAGCAUUACCCUAAGGGUGUGACAUGGAAUUCGGCGGGUGUCGACGCUGCCCAAGCUCUACGUGAUAUCGAUGAGAAGCCCACAGCGAAUGGUGUACCCGCUCCUGCUCCAUCUCCAGGUGGCGCUCCUCCACCACCGCCGCCUCCGCUACCAAACUUUGACAACCAAGCUCCACCUCCGCCCCCACCUCCGGGAGCACCUCCAGCGUCUAAGGGAGCGGGCGACAUGGGUGCCGUUUUUGAUCAGCUCAACAGAGGUGAGGCCGUGACGGCUGGCCUAAAGAAAGUGGACAAGAGCCAGAUGACGCAUAAGAACCCGUCACUUCGCGCUAGCUCUACUGUACCUGAGAAAGGCGAUAUCAACCGGUCCAGGAGUCCGGGUCCCGAGAUCAAGCCAAAGCCGACGAGCAUGCGCCAGAACAGUACUGCUUCGCACAAGUCUCAGCAAAAGAAAGAAGGCAAGAAAGAACUUGACGGAAACAAGUGGCUGAUUGAGAACUUCGACUCGCCCUCAGGACCUAUCGAAGUCGAUGUUGAGAUCACCCAGUCUAUCCUGAUCACGAAAUGCAAAAACACAACAAUCAUCCUCAAGGGCAAAGCGAACGCUGUCUCAAUUGACAACUCCCCACGCGUACAAAUACUGGUCGAUACACUUGUCUCUUCCGUCGAUGCCAUCAAAUGCCCGAACUUCGCCAUCCAGAUUACGAACACUGUCCCAACGAUCCAGCUCGAUCAGGUCGACGGCGCUACAGUGUACCUCGGUGCAGAGAGCUUGAACACCGAGGUUUACACCAGUAAAUGUAGCUCGAUAAAUGUUGUUCUGCCACCAGAGAAGGAGGAAGACGACAGCAAGGAAUGUCCUCUGCCUGAACAGAUCCGUACAUUCGUCAAAGACGGCCGGCUCAUGAGUGAAAUUGUGGAGCAUGCGGGUUGAAUGUAAUGGUAGGAGCAAGACGUACGUGUACUUGGAUAGAGAGAGACUCCUGCGAUCGAGCGCUUCAUCUAUUGAGGAACAGUUUAAC